AGGGAAAUACUAAACCGGUUCCCUCGGACUACCACAGACGCUGAUAUAUAAUACCAGCCGCGAGUGAGACGGGCAUCAUUAGCACAGUCAUUCGACAUCAGCAAGGAGCUUCCAGUCACAGGUCCGCAGUCAUGAAGGUCGCCGUGGUUCUCCUCUGUCUGGCUCUGGUAGCCACCGCUAGCGCUCAGCGCUUCGGUAACCGCCGGUUCCAGCGGCGGCGUCCGGUCGGAGGAGCCAACGGGUUCGGCAACGCGGGCUCCACUCAGGGACAGACCUCUGGCCUCUUCGGUACCAGCCAGAUCCAGAACAGCUUUGCGAAUGCUGGGGGUUCUGCUUUUGGUGGUGGCGCUUCCUUCAACCGUGCCAACAGCAACGUGGGCCAGAGCACAGGGCUGUUCGGAAACCGCCAGUUCGCCAACAACCAGGCCACCAGCAACCAGUUCGGAGGCUAACAAGCCAUGUCAUGUCAUGCCAAGUCAAGUCAAGUCAUCGUAUGGCAUGAUCGGCGCUGCAUGAGAACACGUGCAUCGUCUCAGCAACUUUAGUUCAUAAUGAACAUUGCAAUAUGUAGCACAGUAAAGUCAAACAAGCGGAAGGUCAACCGUCAGUCAUUUUAUACUUUGUCUUUAGCACGGAUAAAUGUGAUGUGACACAUGCAUGUAUAUUGUAUGCAAUAUGCAAAAAUACAUUAGAAACAUUA